ACAAAUCAAACGCCUGGGCUCCAUGACGGCAGCUCCUGGACAGCAAAACCUGUGCGUGUUGUUAGCAAGAAACGGUAAUUUUCUGCACAUUUUAGCAGCCGUUCCUGCGAAAUAAAUAGAAGGUUUUGAAGGAAAAGAGACUAUCUUACAUUCAGGGUAAUUAAACGCUAAAUGCGAGCAACUGAUGUAAAGUAUAAAUGAUAGGGAGGCUUCAUCAGAGGAGAACAUAGCUUGCCUUUCGAUUAGAUUUGCAGUUCCUUUUUGUCAGUCAAAUAAACAGCAAGUAAUGGCGACCAGUGCCAAGAGACCAUCCCUGCAGGGUCCUGUGCCACCUCCUCGCAAGAAGACGACUCCCAAACCAGAGCUGACCGAGGAGCAGAAGCAGGAGAUCAGGGAGGCUUUUGAGCUGUUUGACACCGAUGGAUCUGGAUUCAUCGAUGUCAAGGAGCUCAAGGUUGCAAUGAGAGCUCUGGGGUUUGAACCAAAGAAAGAGGAGAUCAAGAAGAUGAUUGGUGACGUGGAUAAGGACGGCACAGGGAAAAUCUCCUUCGCUGACUUCCUCUCUGUCAUGACACAGAAAAUGGCCGAGAAGGACUCCAAAGAGGAGAUCCUGAAAGCUUUCCGCCUGUUUGAUGAUGACGAGACGGGCAAGAUCUCGUUCAAGAAUCUGAAGAGAGUAGCCAAAGAACUGGGAGAGAACCUCACAGAUGAAGAGCUGCAGGAAAUGAUAGAUGAAGCAGACAGGGAUGGAGACGGAGAAGUGAACCAGCAGGAGUUCCUGCGCAUUAUGAAGAAAACCUGCCUCUACUGAAGGAAGUCGGUGAUGAGGGUCGAGGGGACCAGUGGUGGUUUCACAUAUAAUGCUGCUUAUAUAUCUUCCUUCCCUUCCCUUAUUAUUGUGUCGCGCCAUACAUUUCCACUUACUACACUGGAUGGAAGUUGUUAAAUAUGUGUGGUCAAAUGCCAAUUAUCCUUUACAUAAUAAUCUACAUUACAUUUGCCAAACACAGUAAGAGAAUACUCUCUUUCUUGUUUGGAAUGCUGCAUACUUUUAUGAAGAGUACAUUGAUAAUACUAUUAUAUUGGUUAUUAAUUGUCAAGAAAUUCUCAGUGCCUACGUCAAUACGGUGACAAACAGUACAUUCCAGUGCUUUGAUUAGUAAUUGUUUGUGCAUUAAGUUUCAUCCAUCUGUAGAUUGUUUGGUUGACACUUUCAUGUUUUGGAUCUUGUAACCGCUGAUGAUUGGGCGAGCGCUGUCUCACCUCAGUGCUGCCUGUGGAUUUGUGCCAGUGCCUCUUAAAAGGGAUGAUCCCACUAUCUUUAAAAUGUGAUUGUGUAUGUGUUUUUCUUGUAGCAUCAAGUAUUUAUCCCUCUGUUGUGUAACUACUCUAUAAUAUACAAAAUACUCUGUAUUCUUGGCAUUUUGUAUGAUAGAUAGUAACUUUAAUGAAUGUUUGAGGUACAAAUUAAAUAUCUUAAAUCAG